AUGACAGGAGGAGGGGGUGGACUGUCGUUCGGUAGGCCCCGGCCAUCUGGAACUCGAGCAACUGGGCUGUCGUCGACUUCAUCACCUUCUGCAGCGCCUUCGCCAUCUGGAACGGGGGCGCCAACGCGUCGGACUCGUUCUCGAUGGGUCGGCCGUGCCGCGGUGCUGCCGACCUCGUCCUUCGCGUCGCAAACGCUCAAGCUGAUCGUCGUCAGCCUGUCCAUGCUCGGACUGCAGCUCGUGUGGUCGUGCGAGAUGGCGCAGGCCAGCCCUUAUCUGCUCAGUCUGGGCGUCUCAAAGGCCAUGAUGAGCGUCGUCUUUGUCGCCGGUCAGUUCGAGUUCCCAGUCUCACUCGACCCGCCGCCCCCACUUCGAGCUGCUCCCCCCCCCCCCUCUCUCUCCUUUCCAACCGAGGAUGCCCCAAGACCCUGGCUGUCCGCGCACGUCCACGCACCUACCUUCACACUCAGCUGACACCAAUCAUGUCUUCCCAGGCCCCUUGUCGGGAUUGAUCGUACAGCCCGUCGUCGGUGUGCUGUCCGACGGAUGUAGAUCCUCGCUCGGCCGACGGCGCCCCUUCAUCAUCGCUGGCUGCGCCGUCUCGAGCCUCGGCGUAGUCUUGCUCGGGUGGUCGGGACAAGUCGCAGGCUGGUUCACUACACAUGGAUCUGCCAUAGUCAGUACAAAGCUACCUCGUCUUGACCAUUCUCUGCUGUACAACGUGCUAAUGUCAAGACCCACCCUCGGGCUCGGCAAUUCUGAUCGGCACGAAAAUCUUCCAUCAAUCGCGCACAGCAAUCGCACUUGACCAUCGCACUCGCCGUACUAUCUAUCUACCUCAUCGACUUCAGCAUUAACGUCGUUCAAGCCAUGGAUCGCGCUCUGCUCGUCGAUGUCCUUCCGCCAAAUCUUCAAGAAGCCGCGAACGCUUGGGCAUCGAGAAUGGUUGGGUUCGGGGGUGCGCGCCGGCUGCUUCGAUGUGGCUUGGCUAUCUACCCGGGCCCUUGAACUGAUUCGCAUCCCUGUCUACGCAUACAGCCGUAUUUGGGUAUUGGUUCGGUGGGCUUGAUCUUGUCUACUGGUCGAAUGGCUAUCUUGGCGAUAACCAGCUCAAGGUAAGCCGGCGUCGUGGUGGUCCAGCAUGACAGUUGCUCAUCCGGCACCUACGCAUAAAGGUCAUUUGCAUCUUUACUGCCUUCUUCCUUUGCGGAUCGCAUGCCAUCACCGUCACGUGUGUACAAGAGCGCGUGCUCAUCUCACGUGAAACCAUUGACGAGGCGACGGGCGAGGGCUCAAGAAAGCCUGUAGCAAUGUUGAAGGCACUGCAAGAGAUUUGGACCACGAUCAAGACGCUUCCGAGACCGAUUCAAGAAGUGGUCAACAUCCAGGUUCGUUCAUGCACGAUCCUGAUUCCGGCGAGUCUCCUGCUGACGAGACGAAACCCUCGCAGUUCACAUUGUCUCUGGCUUGGUAUCCGAUAAUGUUUUUCUCGACAACAUGGGUCGCAGAGGCCUAUCUUAGAUCGCUCGCAGGAGGGGGGUCCAUCGAUUUGGGUAACGUUUCCGUCAAGGUUCGAGACGAUGCGACCAGAGCUGGUACUCGAGCGAUGCUCUUCCACUCGAUCGUCGCCUUAGCCACCUCGAUCCUCUUGCCUCCAUUCGUCGCUUCCUCGGCCGCAUCUUUCUCCUCUCCGCCUCCUCGACUCCGGCAUCCUCCCAAUGGAUCAUCCUUCCUUGAUCGUCUGACUAAGACAUGGAGGAGAUUCGCACCGACUCUUCCCUUGCCAUGGCUUUCUCUUCCUCUGCUCUGGACGCUGUCCAAUGGAUUAUUUGGGAUACUGCUUCUGAGCACCUACUUGUCCAGCUCGAUUUUUGGUGCGAGCUUGAUCAUUGCCGCGGUUGGGUUCUGCGGUGCCAUCACGCAGUGGGCUCCUUUCGCACUGGUGCGUUCACCCCUUGUUUCUAUGUCUUCGGCAAUGUUCUGGGACGCACAGCUCACUUUACGAAUGUGGGAAUAUGUGUGGGUGGCAUAGCUCGGUGAACUUAUUCUUUCUCUGGGCGCCACGUCCACAUCAUCAAACCCAAUUCACCUCGACUACGCCUCAGCCGGGGGCAUUCCAACGUCGACCUGGAAUGAGUCGCGAGCAUCAUUGGACGACAACUAUCAGGCUCCUUACGACGACACGCCCAAAGCUUCGUACGGAUUCCAGUCCAACCCUACGACCACCGAGAACGAGGACGAUGGCACGGUUCAGAUCGCCCGGUUUCGGUCUACUACGACCUCGACGGUGACUAGUAUAGGGUCCCCGAACAGUGCAACGAGCGCUUAUUUUGAGGCGGUGAUGGAUACGCCGAUGGUCGCGGACACGCCGUCCCUUUCGCUACCACCCUUCCACCCGUCCACGUCCAACAUCGAAGUGCCAGUUUUGAGGAACAAGAUACCCACUCCGCCCCCGAGACACGAUCCACCUUCGGAACUACGUAUCGUCACGUCCCUCGUGGCUCGUCUACCGAGUCACAUCGAUGUCGAUCUCUUCUCUUCCCAUCCUUACAACUACCCUUUGCACGCCGACGAAGCAUCGAGUCAGUUGACGCUCCUGCCUGGGGAUUCGAGAUCCGCGACACCGAUGAGGAGAGGGUCGGCGAGUAGCCCUCUGCAGAUCUUGCAGGUACGGCAUUCGGACGAUGAAAAUUCAGAGAACUCCUCUGAUUCCGGGGAUGCAGAUGGCAAGAAGAGAGAUCGGAAGGGCGUGCAGGAUGGUGGUGAUAAAGAGAUGUACGGAGGGAGAAGAGGGACGAUUAAAGCUUCAAUCGCGGAUGGGGCACCGACGAUAAUGGUCGAUGAGGAUCCGGAUGGUCUGGACGAAGAGAGAGCGGGUGAUGAUUCGCGGGAUAGGCUGGGUGAAGAAGACGAUGAGGAUCUUGACGGUGCGGCUGAUCAAGCCGGGGCGAUCAUAGGGUGAGAAUUCUUCCAGCUCGGCCUGUGAUCGCAUUGACCAGAAAAUUGACAGGUGCCCGGCUCUCUUCUGCAGGAUCCACAACAUCUACGUCGUGAUGCCGCAAUUCCUCGUCACAGCUUUGUCUUCGAUCAUCUUUGCGCUCUUCGCACCUCACCAACCCAUCAUCCACCACGGCGGAUCGACGACGCACCCGAUCAUUCCUGCUGAUCCGGGCACUGUUUCGCCUGACGAUCCAUUGUCAGAUGGAGGAGGAGAACUCGGAGAACGUCUGAUCCGGCGGGCUGUGUGGGCGACUCUCAACCAUCUCGUCCCUUUGCUCACUCGAGCCUCGGACGAGACGCCGACAGGGGAUGAUCAGCCCCUAGAACGGCAAUACGAUCCUCUAGGCAUGAUCUUCCAAUUCGGAGGCUUCAUGGCCCUCAUCUCCGCUUACUUGGCUUGGAAGAUGACGCGGCAUUGGAACGAGCGAGAAAGGGAAGCGAGGUCGCAUCAUGGGGCUUUGAGAGGGCAAGGUGGUCCGGGUGGGACGAUGAUGAGGUCGGAUCGGACAUGA